UCCAUGGAAGGAAGAUCUGCUCCACACCGAGACACUUCCUGACACACUGCGGGUCUGACAGAGGACACACAGCCGCUCCUGGGUGACCGACGGCCGGGGACACGGAUGGCUCGGCCGCUGCUGGGGGGCUAGUAUGAGGCUGAGAGGCGGGAACCAGCCGGGAGACAAACUACUACCAGAGAUACUAGAGAUACAACCAGAGAUACAACCUGAGAUACAACUACAGAUACAGUCAGAGCAACAGAAGAAGAAGAAGAGGCAGAGAGACGCCCGGUGACCAUAAUUGACUCCAGCUGAGGAAGAGGAAGAUGGGAGGAAGAGAGCUGCUGGAGAUCUGCUGUCUGCUGCUGCUGAUCGGAAACUCUCACUGCAGAGACUCCCAGCAGACCGAACACAUCUCCUCCUAUCAGCUGACGGUUCCUCGGCCAAUAGGAGGCCGGCUGAGGCGGGACGCUGACGGCACACCGCCCAAUCAGGUCUCUUAUGUGAUCAGUGUGGAAGGACGAGAUCAUGUCGUUCAUCUGCAGAGAAACCAGCUGCUGCUUCCUGCUGAUUUCACCGUGUUUACGUACAGAGAGAACGGAUCAGUGCUGAGCUCCAGACCUGCUGUACAGCAUCACUGCCACUAUCAGGGCUUCAUUCAGGACAUGGAGGGAUCCUCUGCUGCCAUGAGCGUCUGUAACGGCCUCAGAGGAGUGCUGCACCUCUCUGAUGACAGUUACGGUAUCGAGCCGUUAGACUCCUCCCCCGACCAGCACCUGGUGUACCGCCUGCAGGAUGUGACAUCACAGCCUCGGGGGUGUGGGACGCUGCACACUGAGCACGCUCACAACAACGCCACCGAGCACGAGUACGAAGCAGAGGAGAUCCACCACAGACAGCACAGCAGGAUGAAGAGAGCCGUCCUCCACAAGACCCACUAUGUGGAGCUGCUGCUGGUGGUGGACUAUGAGAGGUAUAAUUAUAUGAACAAGAAUGCGACAGCAGUGAGAGAAGAGAUGGUUGCCCUGGCCAACUUCAUCGACAGCAUCUACAUGCAGCUGAAUGUGAGGGUGGUUCUGGUGGGUCUGGAGAUCUGGAAUCAGCAGAACAUGAUCAGCACUGAAGGAUCAGCAGGAGAAGUUCUGAGUCGCUUCACCCAGUGGAGAGAAAAGGAGCUGGUGACCCGCCGCCGCCACGACUCAGCACAACUCAUCCUGAAGAAGAGUUUCGGGGUGACAGCAGGAAUGGCCUUCGUCUCCACCGUCUGCUCCAGGAGUCACGGAGGCGGGAUCAACGCGUUCACCAACAACAACCUUCCCUCGUUCGCCUCCAUCGUGGCUCACGAGCUCGGUCACAACCUGGGGAUGAAUCAUGAUGACGGACGCACCUGCACCUGCCCCGUCGCCGCCUGCAUCAUGAACUCUGGAGCCACAGGAUCCAAGAACUUCAGCAGCUGCAGCGCCGAGGACUUUGAGAAGAUGAUCCUGCUGACGGGGGGAACGUGUCUGCUGAACGUGCCGCGGCCUGAUGAGGCCUACAGCGCCCCCUACUGUGGGAACCGGCUGGUGGACGUGGGAGAGGAGUGCGACUGUGGAUCCCAGAAGGAGUGUGAGGACGACCCCUGCUGUGAGUAUCAGACCUGUAAACUGAAGUCUGGAGCUCAGUGUGCGUUUGGAGUCUGCUGCACCAGAAACUGUCAGUUCCUUGCUGGAGGAUCAGUGUGUCGCUCCAGCACAGAUGAGUGUGAUCUACCUGAAUACUGUAACGGCUCCUCAUCCCUCUGCCAGAGCGACGUGUUCGUCCAGAACGGUCAGCCCUGCAGGGAGCAGAAGGCGUUCUGUUAUAACGGGAAGUGUCAGCACGCUGAUGGACAGUGUCAGAACAUUUUUGGACCCAAGGCGAAGGCUGCUCCUGAACUCUGUUUUAAAGAUGUGAACAGUAAAGGAGAUCGCUUUGGAAACUGUGGCUAUCAUAACUUCGGCUACAGGAAGUGUGAGAGCAGAAACGCUCUAUGUGGGAAGCUGCAGUGCUCCAACGUUCAGGCGAAGACGGUUUUCGGCAUCGAGCCGUCGAUCAUCACCACGCCGAUCGCUGGAGGGAAAUGUUACGGAGUCGACUUCAUGUUGGGAUCAGACGUACCUGAUCCUGGUAUGGUGAACGAGGGGACCAAGUGUGGAGACCAGAAGGUGUGUAUGAACUUCGAGUGUCGCAGCGCUGACAUCCUGAACUACGACUGCGAUGUGGAGAAUAAGUGUAACGGACGAGGGGUGUGCAACAGCAACAAGAACUGUCACUGUGAGGACGGCUGGGCGCCCCCGCACUGCCAGGUCAAAGGUUACGGAGGCAGCGUGGACAGCGGACCCACCUGGAACGAUAAGGACUCGUCUCUCAGGGACGGACUGCUCGUCUUCUUCUUCCUCGUCCUUCCUCUUCUCGCUCUGGGUGCGUUUGUUUUCCUGCGCAGGAACGAGCUGCUGAGACGCUUCGGGAUGAGCCGCAGGAAACGCUCUCAGGGAUACCAAGCUGACGGAGCAGCUUCAUCCAAUCCCAGCAGAGCUCCGCCUCCCAGAGCACAGCCGCCUGUUACCCGCGGCAACGCCGGCAACAUCGUCAGAGACGGGCACAACGCUCAACUACUGCAACCAGAGGAGGUGGUGCAUACCAGUAGGACAACUUCCUCCUUCAUUGCGAGGCCUCCUCCUCCUCCGAAACCUAAACCGUCUCCUGUGUCUCAGCCUCUGGUGCCUCAGAGACCCGCCCCCCCCCCACCUGUCUAACAGCAGGGUGGCCCCGCCCACCACACCUGAUUGACACUCCCUCCCCCCCAUUCAACCCCCCCCACUCAGAGCUGGUUACCUAGCAACAGCCAAGAUGGCGGACAGCCGGCCCUGAAGUCGGACAACAUACUGGACCCAGCCGGACCGGACUGGAUCCACCAGAACCAACAGGAAGUGAAGCAUCACUGCUGUCAGUCAGCUGACUCACAUCAGGUCACAUGACUCCUCUCUGUCAACAAACCAGCCAAUCACAAUCCUCCUUCAGGCACUGUGAGGUCAUCAACAGUCACGACCGACCGCGUCGUGUCAUCAACCUGCGUCACUGAACUGCUGUCACUUAAUUAGCAUGCAGGAUAACGGCUAACUAGCAUUAGCAGGCUAAAGGCUAACUAGCAUUAGCAGGCUAAAGGCUAACGCACAGCUAAAGGGGCGUGUCUCUUUAUCAAACACCUGCUCUCUGAUUGGCUGGUUUGAAGACACAGAGUUCACACUUGGACACUUUCUUUCUUUCUUUGUCUCUGAAUGAAGCACUGAUAGCGCGUCCUCUCUGCUCAGCACUGUCAUAGGAAUGUAACGUUAGCUCCCCUGGACCUGGACCUGGACCUGGGUCAGGGUCUGGACCUGGACCUGGGUCAGGCUCUGGACCUGGACCUAGACCUGGGUCUGGGGGUUUCAGGCUGUUUGAUCGUGGCACAUGAUGAUGAACGUUCAAGUUUUGUUCUCAGCAGGAAACCAAAUGUCUGUUCACUGUUAGCAUUAGCUUCAUUAGCUUAGUUAGCCUCAUUAGCUUAAUUAGCCUCGUUAGCUUUGAUGCACUGUGUGAGAGAACGUCCUCGUUAUAUUUUAACUGCUUCAGAGUUUUUUUUUACUUGAAAAGAACAGGAAGUUAACAAGCCGUCUGAACAGAAAACAAACAGAAGAAGAAACAGACGACUCGGCUGCAGUCGAUGUUAUUUACAGACGUGCCAACAGCUGAAGAGUCGGGUUUCAGUCUGGAAACACACACACACACACACACACACACACACACACACACACACACACACACACACACAUACAUUCACACACUCAUACACACACACACACACACUCACACAUACAGGAAGCUCAUUGGCAGAAACAGUCUCUAAUGUUUCACAGUUGAAACAUGAAGCAUCAAAGCCGGUCUUUCAUUCUUCUCUCAGCGCAAUGCAUGAUGGUUAGUGACCAUCGGUUGGACACUACUCUUCACGAUGCAUUGUGGGAAACUUUGAGUCCACUAUAUAGGGUUUAAUAAUUAUAAUAAUUCUCACUAUGUAUCUUUAUGAGGAGCAGGAAGUGAUUUCAGACACUGAGUUUUUAUUCUCUGUUUGUGUUGAUGUCAUUUCAUCAGACGUUUAAUCGCUCUGAUGAUUCAGACUGCAGGAAGGUCACAUGACCACUCACACGUCACUUCCUGGUUGUCGGUUUGAUUCUGCUCAUUAAACAUCGUGUUAACCAAUCAGAUCAUCAGAAGAACAGCUGAGCUCGGCCACUGAUCGAUCAGUCUGAUCAGAAAUCCUUCAGCAGAUUUUCUCCCCCUGAAGGUUAGAGUCAGUCUGAGGUCACAAAACAAUCAAUAAAUCAGCUGAUCAUAGACUGUAUGUAAGAAAUAGACGUAACAUCCGUGACGUCACCCAUUGGUUUGUGGACUGCUGCUCGGAGGCCAAUAGUUUCGGAUCUGAGCAGCGCCAUCUUGAACAUUUCAGGUGCUUGCUGGGAAAAAUAAAAACAGGGAUUCUACUUAUAUGGGCAUCAGGAGGAGCAUGAGGCGCCCUCCUGAACCUGUGAACCAAUCAACCUGUCAAUCACCACGUAGCCACGCCCUAAUGCAUACCCUGCUUUAUCGUCACAUAUAAAAUCAGGGAGGCCAAAAUGUCCCAAAUGAACAUCAUACUGCAUUGAAGAAGGCUUUAAACUAGCGAUUGAGACCAUAAACACAUUUUGAAAACGUUUACUGAGGUUAGAAAUCAAGUGAGAAGUUGGUGAAUUCUCCAUUGACUUGUAUAGAGACGGAAGUCCUUUUGACACCAAAACGGUCGCCCCCUGGUGGCCUUUUGAUAGAAUGCAGUUUUAAGCCUGAUCAGGAUGAAUAUUAAUAACUCGAUGAUCGUCUGGUUAAAAUAAAAGUAAAAACCUUUAAACUAACGACCGGCCUCAGCUGUACGUUGUGUUUAUGCUAACUAGCCAAUGAUAGCAUGCUAACAUGCUAAACAAACAUUAUCCCUGCUGUUUUCAUAGUUAGCAUGUUAGCAUUAAGUUACAUAAAGACGUAAAACUGAACGGGAGAAAAUCUCUGAAGUGCAGAAAUAUUUCAAUUAUAUAUUUCAGAUAUGUUUCAGAUAUAUUUCAGAUAUAUUUCAGAUAUGUUUCAGAUAUGUUUCAGAUAUAUUUCAGAUAUAUUUCAGAUAUAUUUCAGAUAUGUUUCAGAUAUGUUUCAGAUAUAUUUCAGAUAUGUUUCAGAUAUAUUUCAGAUAUGUUUCAGAUAUAUUUCAGAUAUAUUUCAGAUAUAUUUCAGAUAUAUUUCAGUUAUAUGUUGAUAUUAAACCUGUGUCUGUAUAUGUGUAAUUGGUACCACAGCAGGUAAACAUGGACACCUGAUCUCCCUUUAAUUAAUCGCCAUAGCAACGCAGAGGAUCUCAUCACUUUUUCUAUUAUGAUAAAUGAUUUUAUAGAAGUUUUCUUUGGUUUGUUUGAAAUGUAAAUCUGAUAAUCUGUGGUAACGAGUUUUUAUUUCAUUAUUAAAAUGAUUAAAUGUUGUUGUGUCA